AUGCUUCUCCUGCUGCCUCUGCUCUUCAAGGGACUUCUCGGCCAUGGGGCCAACACAGUGGCUCCACAGGUCUUAGACCCCCAUCAUCCAGCCGCAGAAGAGCCCCUCUCCUUCCACGUGCUCCAGAUCUCCUCCUUUGCCAAUCGCAGCUGGACACACACCCAGGGUUCAGGCUGGCUGGGCGAGCUGCAGACACAUGGCUGGGACAGGGUCUUGGGCACCAUCCACUUUCUGAGGCCUUGGUCCCAGGGUAACUUCAGCAAGGAGGAGCUGAAGAACAUCCAGGUAUUCCUGCAGUUGUACAUCCAUAGUUUCCCUUGGGAAGUGCAGGCCUUUGCCAGUCAGUUUCAGUUUCAGUUUCAAUACCCCUUUGAGCUCCAGGUAUAAUUUGGCUGUUUAAUUCGUCCUGGGAAGGCCUCAGAAAUCUUCUUAAAUGGGGCAUAUCAAGGAUCAGAUUUCCCGAGUUUCCAAGAAAAUUCCUGGAAGCCGUCUCCAGGAGCAGGGAGUCGAGCUCAGAAUGUCUGUAAGUUGCUCAAACACUACAAAUUUAUUAAAGAAAUCAUUCAGAGCCUUCUCAGUGACACCUGCCCUCGGUUUCUGGCAGGCCUCCUUGAAGCAGGGAAGUCAGAAUUGUAACGACAAGUGAAGCCAGAGACUUGGGUGUCCAAAGGCCCCAGUCCUGGGCCUGGCCGUCUGCUGCUGGUGUGCCAUGUCUCAGGAUUCUACCUGAAACCCGUGUGGGUGAUGUGGAUGAGGGGCGAGCAGGAGAAGCCUGGAACUCGGCAAGCCCUGCCCAAUGCUGAUGGGACUUGGUAUCUCCAAGUAACCCUGGAAGUGGCGGCUGGGGAAGCAGCUGGCCUGAGUUGCCGAGUGAAGCACAGCAGUCUAGGAGGCCAGGAACUCAUCAUCCGCUGGGGUGGAUACUCCUUCCUCCUGAUAUUGAUCUGUUUGAUGGUAAUAGUUUCCCUGGUCAUGUUGGUUAUAGUUGACUCAUCAUUUAAAAAACAGAGCUCAAAUCAGAACCUCCUUUCUGCUCAUGUCUCCCACCCUGGCUUUCCCUCAGGAGUCAAUACCCAAGACCCCAGGGGUUCAGGACAUCAGCUCUGCUUGGCACAGGAAUCAUGGACCAAAAACAGACUCUUAAAGAAAUGGAAAGCCAACUCUGGUGUCAUUAAUUUUACCUUCCACAUAAAAUCCCUUUCUGCUUUUGUUUAA